AUGGCGCUUCCUGUGAUAGACUUUGGUCCAUUCCUUGAUGCAUCAAGCUCGUCAUUUCAAAAGAAACAAGUUGCAUUCGAAAUUGACAAGGCAUGUCGAGAAGUUGGAUUUUUCUACCUGAAGAACCAUGGGGUUCCUGCCGAGUUGGUCGCCGACAUGCUUGCCAAGACGCGCCAUGUUUUCGAAACGGCAACACCAGAGGAGAAGGAACGUCUCGCAAUGAGAGGGUCGGCAGAGGGAGGAGAUAGCGCUCGGGGUUGGCUGAAAGUCAAGAACGCAGCUGGGGCUCACGAAGUCAGUGCAACCACACCAACAUUCAAGGCGGUAGAUUUCUUCCGUCCGGUACCAGUGCAGGAGGCGCCAUACACAACAGGCAUGGGCCCCAAUCUAUGGCCUUCAGUUCCUGCAGAUUUUCGCACGACAGCCGAAACCUAUAUCGACCAACUGGAAAAUCUAGGAAAUUCCGUUAUGAAGGCAAUAGCAAUCGGCUUAUCGGUUGAUGAGAGUAUCUUUCUUGACCGCAUCGAUAAAGCAUUCUGGAAUUUGCGCAUUCUUGGCUAUGAAGGCAGAAAAACCCGGAGUGAGAGUGCAGCAGGCAUUGGAGAGCACACAGGCAAGGCUCUGGAUCAUCCUUACUCUUGCAAGAAAUCUCUACAGGUACUAAGCAAGACGGGCGAGUGGAUUUGGGCCGACCCAAUCGAGGGCUGCUAUGUGUGCAAUAUCGGUGACAUGUUGUCAGAAUGGACACGAGGCGCAUACAAGUCCACAUUACAUCGUGUCUGCCACAACAGUGAUUCGCUCCGCAUUUCAAUCCCAUUCUUCUUUGACCCGAAUUGGGAUGCUUUCAUCUCACCGGUGCUGCCGUCCGCGGAGGGUACGAUCGAUGCCAGCGAGGGCAUCCGAUAUCAAGACAAGUUCAUAAAGUCUAUCGAUUAUCCUCUUUGGCGUGAUCCGCCGUCAAGUGUCGUGCAGGCUGCAUAG